UUUGUAGAGCAGUUGUGUUAGAAAGCCGGGGCUCCGACAGGUCCUCCACAUGUCCCUGUCCCAGCUGUCCGUAGCUGUUAGCUCCCUGACAGUAACGACAUUAACCCCGUUAACAGCUAGCGCCCGUUACUCUGACCUAACCGGUAACAUUAACUCAACUUUAACGGUUGUUUGUUUUGGCAGUACUUGAACGUUGGAGCUAGUUCGCUAACAUUAACUGCUAAGCUAAUGUUAGCAAAAGUGCUAUGCUAACACCUCCCAUUGAAGCGUAACUCUGCCAGUGGGUCCUCACUGUCAUCAUUCUGCAACUCCAUGAUCAUCAUCAUCAUCAUCUUCCUCUACAUCUAGUAUCCAAAACCAUCCACCACCAUGAGGACAUAAAACAGUGACAAUUCAACAGGUGGUCCUGGCCUGUGUAACCCGUGAUGCUUUACACAACAGCGGAGGCAGUGAAGGGCACUUCCUCUUCUCUGGGACUGAAUCCAGAUCUGCUCUCAGAUGAUUCAAAACCAUGUGAGCAGCAUCUGCAGCACAUGGGGCAGAGAGCACUUCAAGACGUUUGACGGAGAUGUGUACCAGUUCCCUGGUAUGUGUGACUACAACCUGGUCUCCGACUGCCACGAGUCCUACCAGGAGUUCUCCGUGCACAUCAAGAGGAAAAAGCAAGAUGGAUACUCUACAGUCAGUCAUGUGGUGGUCACCAUCAAUGACCUGAUGGUCUUCCUCACCAAGGACGUGGUGGCUGUGAAUGAGCUCCCUGUCAACCUGCCGUACUACAAUUCAGGAGUACAAGUGGAAAGAAAUGCUGUUUACUUCAAGCUCCAGUCUAAAGUCGGCAUCACCAUCAUGUGGAACGGAGAAGAUGCAGUCAUGGUGGAACUGGAUACAGAUUAUGCAAAUCGAACUUGUGGACUUUGUGGAGACUUCAAUGGUGUUCCUCUGCAGAAUGAGUUCAUUCAUAAUGGGCGUAAAAUCAGCCCCAUUGAGUUUGGCAACAAGCAGAAAGCCCACCGUCCAAAUGACGACUGUGAGGACCCCUUUGAAGAGGAAGAAGAAUCAGUGGAGGCUGUGCUGGAUUCAUGCAAAGAGUUUCAAACCACCUGUAAGCAGAUGCUGCAUUCAGAGGCCUGGAGCUCCUGCACCGGACUGAUUGACCCUGAACCGUACAUCCAGGCCUGUGUGCAGGACAUGUGCGGCUGCACCAACAGCUCAAAGGACUUCUGUGUCUGCAGCACACUGUCCGAGUUCUCUCGACAGUGUUCCCACGCAGGAGGGCAGCCUCCCAGCUGGAGGACACCUCAGUUCUGUGCUAAAGAGUGCCCGUUCAACAUGGUUUAUGAAGAGAGUGGUUCCCCCUGCAUGGAUACAUGUUCACUUCUAGACACAAGCUCACUGUGCGAGGAUCACAAGAUGGACGGCUGCUUCUGUCCCCCUGGAACUGUGUAUGAUGACAUUUCCCUGAGAGGCUGCAUUGCUCAAUCUGAAUGUCAGUGUAAACACAAUAAAAUCUAUGAAUCCGGUGAGGUGUACCGACAGGACAAAGAGGAAUGUACAUGUGUUGAGGGCAGAUGGGCUUGUAGGAGCCUUCAAGCACCUGCCACAUGUGCAGUUGAAGAGGGUUCACAUGUGACCACCUUUGAUGGGAAAACCUACAAAUUCCAUGGAGACUGCUACUACACCCUCGCUAAAGUGGAAAGCAAGGAUGAAGCAAGUCCAAAGUUUACCAUCCUGACUCAGUUGGUGCCGUGUGCAAAUCAGGAGUUUGACACUUGUCUGAAGAGCCUCAAAAUCCUGCUGAACAAUGACAGAAACAAUGUGUUAAUGUUCACUUCUGACGGCAAAGUAAAACAGAACAUGCAGACUGUCAAUUUACCAUACAACUCAGGUGACAUCAACAUUUUCCACGCUUCAUCCUUCCACAUCAUGCUUCAGACCAGUUUUGGGUUGCAAAUUCAGAUCCAGCACGUGCCUCUCAUGCAAGUCUAUGUCAGCCUGGAGCAAAGCUACAAAACAAAGACGCGUGGGUUAUGUGGGAAUUACAACAUGGUCCUGUCUGAUGACAUGAAGACUCCUCAGGGAAUUGUGGAGGGAGCAGCAGCAACUUUUAUAAACUCCUGGAAGGCUAACCUCAUGUGUGAGGACAAAGAGGAAAGACAUGAGGACCCCUGCUCCCUCAGUGUGGAAAAUGAGAUGUAUGCUAAACACUGGUGCGCCAUGCUGCUGAGUCCAGACAGUGCCUUUGCACAGUGCCGUUCAGUAGUGGAUCCUGAGAUAUACUACAAGCGUUGUACUUAUGCCAGCUGUAACUGUGAGAAGAGUGAAGACUGCCUGUGUGCCGUCCUCUCCUCCUACGCUCGGGCUUGUGCAUCAAAGGGAGUGUUCCUGACUGACUGGAGAGAGAGCGUGUGCGAUAAGUACACAAGGAGCUGCCCAGCAUCUCAGACGUUCUCUUACACACAUCAGAGAUGCCAGUUGACUUGCAGCUCACUGAGCACAGUGCAGCAAAGCUGCACUUCUGACUUCUUGCCUGUGGAUGGCUGCUCCUGCUCUGAGGGGUUCUACCUUAAUGAGAACAGCAUCUGCGUCCCCAUGGAGAAAUGUCCCUGCUACCAUAACGACGUCUACAUCAAGUCAGGAAAGUCCAUCAGUGUCAAAGACGAGCACUGCGUGUGUACCAAUGGAGUUCUUCAUUGCCAUUCUUGGAGAGCCCGCUCAUCAACAUGUCGUUCUCCUAAAGUGUUCUUCAACUGCUCCGCUGCGACCACAGGGGAGCUGGGACUGCACUGUGCUCGAACUUGUUUAAAUCUGGACAGCAAUGAUUGUGAAUCCACUGAGUGUGAAUCCGGCUGUCGGUGUCCAGCUGGUCUGCUUGAUGAUGGCAAAGGGUCCUGUGUGAAAGAAAACGAAUGUCCAUGUCAGCACGAUGGCUUUAUUUAUGCCCAUGGAACAAAAGUCCCUUACCAGUGCAACUCCUGUACCUGCAAAAGUGGAAGCUGGAAGUGCAGUCAGAAAAAAUGCCCACAAACUUGCACUAUUUAUGGGAGCGGUCACUACAAUACAUUUGAUCAGAAAUCUUAUGGCUUUCAAGGACAUUGUGCUUACGUUGCUGUUAAGAACAACUGUGCCAAUAAAACAGUACAGGACAGCUUUGGAGUCAUCACAGAAAAUGUACCAUGUGGAACUACAGGCACCACUUGCUCCAAAACUGUCAGAGUCUACCUGGGGCGAACGGAAAUCAAACUUUCAAAGGGUAAACAUGAAGUGAUCGACCUGGAAAGUGGUGCUGAGAUUCCGUACCAAAUACAGAAGGUUGGCUUGUACUUGGUGAUAGAAAGUGCCAUUGGUCUGGCAGUGAUGUGGGACGGCAAAACAACUGUUCGCAUCAUGCUGCAACCACAGCACAGUGGAGAGGUAUGUGGCCUGUGUGGAGAUUUUGAUGGCGAUGCACUGAACGACUUCACCACCCAGGGCCAGCUGGUAGUGAGCAGUCCGUUAGACUUUGCAAACAGCUGGAAAGUGUCAAGCCAGUGCCCAGAUGUGGAUUUGAAUGGUGACCCUUGUGCAGUAAAACCUCAUCGACAUCACUGGGCAAAAAUGAUGUGCAGCAUUAUAACUGGAAACACGUUCAAAGACUGCCAUAAAAAGGUGGAUCCCAAUCCAUUUUAUGAUAAUUGUGUGAGAGACUCAUGUGCCUGCGACACUGGAGGAGACUGCGAGUGUUUCUGUUCAGCAGUCGCAGCUUAUGCUCAAGCUUGUAAUGAGGCUUCUGUGUGUGUUGCAUGGAGAACGCCAGAAAUUUGUCCUGUAUUUUGUGAUUACUACAAUGAUGGCCCAUAUGAAUGCAAGUGGCACUACCACCCUUGCCACAAACCUUGCUACAAGACCUGUUUGAAUCCUGAAGGAGUUUGUAAUGAAACCUUACCCAACCUUGACGGCUGUUACCCUGCACCCUGCCCGGAAGAUAAGCCCUUCUUUGAUGAGGAAACUGGGAUGUGUGUGGAGCUAUGUCCAACACCUUCACCUACACCCAGUACAACUGAAUCACUAACAACUACAGCAUUUUCAACAACCACGCCGCAGACCACUACAACUGAAACACCAACCCCUACUACAACUGAAACCCCGACCACAACCACAACAGUUACAACAAGCACCCCGACCACUACUACCACUGAAACACCUACUACUACAACUGAAACACCGACCACAACUACAACAGCUACAACAACUGAAACACCGACCACUACAACUGAAACGCCAACCACUACAACUGAAACACCAACCACAACAGCUACAACAACCCCACCAACCACUACUACAACUGAAACACCUACCACUACAACUGAAACAACAACCCCACCAACCACUACUACAACUGAAACACCUACUACUACAACUGAAACACCUACCACUACAACUGAAACACCUACCACUACAACUGAAACAACAACCCCACCAACCACUACUACAACUGAAACACCUUCCACUACAACUGAAACAACAACCCCACCAACCACUACUACAACUGAAACACCUUCCACUACAACUGAAACAACAACCCCACCAACCACUACUACAACUGAAACACCUACCACUACAACUGAAACAACAACCCCACCAACCACUACUACAACUGAAACACCCACCACUACAACUGAAACACCAACCACAACUACAACAGCUACAACAACCCCACCAACCACUACAACUGAAACACCAACCCCUACUACAACUGAAACCCCGACCACAACUACAACAGUUACAACCACCCCGCCAACUACUACAACAGAAUCGCCAACCACAACAACAAUUGAAACCACUACAUGUAUUCCAACGUGUGAAUGGUCAGAUUGGUAUGAUGUGCAUGACCCAAAGGUUGACAAAAAUGACUUGGAAACAUAUGAGAACAUAAAAAAUAAUGGUAAAGAAAUAUGUGAAGACCCCAUGAUAAUUGAUUGUAGAUCAACAGCUAAGCCUCAACAAGACUUCAAUGACUUUUUGGAUGAAACUAACCAAAAUGUUUCUUGUCGUGUGGAGGAGGGUUUAAUAUGUAGACAUGAGGACCAGAAACAUGCUCCACUAAAGUGUUUGGACUAUAAGAUUAGAGUUUGUUGUCCUGUAGGAUGUGGAUCCACAACCCCAAUAACGCCCACUACAACUGAAACACCUACCACUACAACUGAAACACCUACCACAACUACAACAGCUACAACAACUGAAACGUCAACAACUACAACUGAAACACCAACCACAACAGCUACAACGACCCCACCAACCACUACUACAACUGAAACACCUACCACUACAACUGAAACACCGACCACAACUACAACAGCUACAACAACCCCACCAACCACUACUACAACUGAAACACCUACCACUACAACUGAAACACCGACCACAACCACAACAGCUACAACAACUGAAACACCGACCACAACUACAACAGCUACAACAACUGAAACACCGACCACAACAACAACAGCUACAACAACCCCACCAACCACAACCACAACUGAAACACCUACCACUACAACUGAAACACCAACCACAACCACAACAACCCCACCAACCACUACUACAACUGAAACACCUACCACUACAACUGAAACACCAACCACAACAGCUACAACAACCCCACCAACCACUUCUACAACUGAAACACCAACCACUACAACUGAAACACCGACCACAACUACAACUGAAACACCGACCACAACCACAACAGCUACAACAACUGAAACACCGACCACAACUACAACAGCUACAACAACUGAAACACCGACCACAACUACAACAGCUACAACAACCCCACCAACCACAACCACAACUGAAACACCUACCACUACAACUGAAACACCGACCACAACUACAACUGAAACACCGACCACAACUACAACAGCUACAACAACCCCACCAACCACAACCACAACUGAAACACCUACCACUACAACUGAAACACCAACCACAACCACAACAACCCCACCAACC